AUGUUCGAAGUGGAUCGUGCUGCAGCUUGCAGAAACAUCGCGGCGACGAGUGUUACAAGCAGCUGCCCUUGGCAGGAGAAAGAGGAGUACUUGGCUGCAAUCCUGAACUGCAUCGACUCCUUCUUUAACGGGCCUUUCCAGGCCUGCAUCAACAAGGACGAGACUGCAGGCGAGCAACUGCAAGUUCUCGGACGAAAGUACCUGAAACGCUUCCAAGUUCUGGAACGGAGUGUGGCUUUCCGAGCCCGCCUUCCUGCCGGCAGUGUGGAGCUUCUGUCUGUCGCGGCAUACCGCGUCAUGACAGCAGUGGAGGGCAAGGCCGACGCUGCCACUCUCCAGGAGGUGAACAAGGAGAGCCGCACUGACACCAAGGCACUGGAGGUCAGCUCUCCCGACCAGGAGCUCUGGCAUCGACUAAUCCAGGCGCUGCGGCAAGAUCCACGCUGCCAGGAGCGUUUGCGGCAGCAAAGCCAUCUUCUCGGUCAGGCAUUCCUGACCAUCUACGAGGAGACAGAUCCUGAAUAUCCUCCUUAUCUCAAGAAUCUCACAUCUGAGACUGAGAUGGACUUCCGCAGGCAUGCCAUCACUGUGCAGGACUGCAUCCACCGGCUGGUGCAGCAUUGCGAGGCCAACUUGACGGACCUUCCCAGCCUUCGACGCACCAUGAGGGUCUUCCUUGCAAUGAUCGGCAUGGCGCAGGAAGAGGAUGCGAAGAAGGAGGACACACAGCAGUUGACAUACAUCCAGGUGGAAUUGUCAAAGGCUGGCGUGGGAAAGCUUCUGGUGAAAGUCCUCAACAACCACGCUGUGCAAGAUGUUCAACGGCUCGCGUGGCACGUUCUUGGAGAGCUUUUGCAAAGCCGCGGACCUGAUGGCGAGGCGAAGGUCAACAAGGUGGUCCAAUUCGGCCUGCACGACGCCAUGUCUUCUAGCGACGAUGACACGGGCAUGUGGGAGUCCUUCCACGAGAUUCUAUCAACAGCCGGACGGGCAGCGAAGUUUGUUCACGGCUUCCGGACACUGCCAGUCUUGACGUCCCAAGAGAAGGCACGUCUGCGCGAGUACGAUGACUUGCUGGAGCAGGCAGUUGAUGCCAUACAGGCCGUGAGAAUGCUGGUCGAGGGCCAGUUCAAAUCGAUGCAGGAUUACCUGUACUCGCAAGAGGGCAACGUGCGCUCGUUUAACGUCCCCGGUCUUUGUUGCUGGCUGUUGACCAGGAUGUGCAAGGAUGCCCAGGGUACCAACUAUUCUUCGCUGAGUGAGCUGAAGUGCGUGAAGUUUGUGGUAGUGCUCCUGACAGAGUUGGCACAGGGGCCGAACCCGCGCAACCAGGAGUUCCUGAGCAACAUGGGCCUCAUCGAGUUGGUGUUCAAGUUGCUGAUGGUGAACUUCCAGCAGUUGCAGAAGUCUGAAGGAGACGUCUACCCAUCGGCCGUACGCCAGCUCAAGGCAGAACUGCUGCGCAUGCUGCUUUCCCUCAUGGAGGGGCGACUGGAUGCACGGAUUCAUCAAACCAUUCUGCAGCGUGGGGACCCUCUGGUCAUCAGACAGCGCAUCGAGUUUGUCUACCUCUACUUCACUCUCGGUGCCGUUGCCAUCAAUCCGCGACAGGUGACCCGGCAGAACUUGGCUGCCAUCCCAUUGGACGGCAAUCUGCAUGCCUUGAUUUUGCCACAGGCAGAUCCUUCAGAGCUUUUCACUGCCGUGAGCCGCAACACUGCCUUGGCAACAGAAUUCCUGGAGGACCUCGAUGAUGAACAGCUGGGCGUCCUGUUUGCCGAGGGCUUCUGCCUCAUCGAGCUUGUUUACGAGCUCUCGGCCCACAGCAACAAGUUCAAGAAGGAGGUCAUGCCACUGCCUGAGGAGCAGGAUCCCUUCGUGGAUUCUGAGGCCGAGUAUCGGACUCGCCGAGAUUACCUGCGCGAGCGCGCAGCUUGGCAGAAGCGGCAAAUCUAUCGGCAGGCCUUCGACUUUCUGGGGCGCUACGUGAAGACUCUGGAGGUGGUGCUGAAUGGACACCUUCAGUCCUUGAACUUCCGAGUCCCAGUCACUGCGGUGUGGUACGUGCAGGGCGCCUCGAAACAGCGCAUCCUGGACGAGGUACCGUUCAGCCUGCCAGAUGUCAAGAUGAAGAGCUUUGUUCACAUGUGUGUGGAGCUCAACAACGAGUCUCGACUAAUCUUGGCAUUGUCAAGGUUCUCGCUUUGUCCACAGAGGUAUCGCAGAUGGGCACAGCUCUACCUUCCAGACGGUGUGCACAGACCUUUCUGGGUCUUUCUGGCCAAUGAUGCGAAGCACAUGCAGAACCUGAUGAGAUCUUCUUUGUACCUGAGCUUGUGCUUGGCGCUACAUGCUGGUCUUUUCCUGGUCGCUCCAAAGGACACUGCUGGUGACCUGAUGUGGGCGUCACCCAUGGCGCAAAGGAUUUCAGAGAUCCUCGGUGCUCUACACCUUGCAUGUACAAUGCUCUGGCUUUGCCUGUUUACUUGCAUCCAGGUGCCACUGAGCAUCAAAAAAGUGCAGACCCAGUACCCGAAGAGGAAUUCGCUCGUCAACAUUUGCGCUGCGUGGGGGCGUUACAUGAGCCAACGGCUGCUCCAGUGGCGUGCCAUUACACUGAUCCUGACGUCGCUAGCACUGUUUCGACAGCACUGGUGGGUGUACAGUUUCCUGCUGGCGGACUUCUUCGCUCAAAGCCCAUCACUUCAGACCGUGCUGAGCGGUGUAGUGGCCCCUGCAUGGCCGCUGUUUAUGACAUUUCUUGGUGCUGGCAUCAUCACCUUCGUCUAUGGCGCCAUAGGGCUUCAUAAUUUCCGCGACGAGUUCGGCAUGUACUGUGAUGAAAAUAUCAUGGUCUGCACACAAAGCAUCCUGUACAUGGGCACACGCUCUGGAAUUGUGGGGUUGAGCGGCAUGAUGCACCAAGUAGGCCCCGAGGAUGACACCUGGUUCCAGCGUAUGGUGUAUGACAUCAGCUACUUUGUGAUAUUUGGUGUCAUGUUGCUGAACACCAUCGUGGCACUGAUUGUGGACUCUUUCCAGACUCAAAGGCGAGAAGCAACAGCCCGCGAGAACAACUUAGAGACGCAAUCAUUCAUUUCUUCGAUAGACCGCAAAGUCAUCGAGUCAGUGGCCCAAUCUGCUGGCAUUGUAGAUGGUUUCGAGUACCACGAGACCUACAAGCAGAACAAGUGGGACUAUAUGGCCUUCGUCUUCCACCUUCGCGAGAAGCAUGCACUGAACUUCACCGGGCCAGAGAGUCAGAUUCGGCAAUUUAUCGACAACUCCGAUGUCACCUGGCUCCCCAUCGGACGGUCCAAAAUGUUGGAGGGCAAGUCGGAGGAGUCUCAGGAGGACACCCUGACCUUGAUUCAGAAGCAAAACUCUCAAAUCAUUGGUGCCCUGCAACAGACUCAAGACAAUCGCAAGACCCUCUUCAAAGCCAUCGGCAGCCUAGCUCGAUCGAUGCGCGACAAGACCGACAGCGUCCAGGAACAGCUCAAGGUUAUUCUGGCGGACCAUUCAGAAAGUGCAAAGGACUCUCCCGUUGCGGGAAUAUUCAGGUCGUCGACAAAGAAAAUGGUCGAACCAGCAGAGAGCAGGCGACCCGCACCAGCACCGACACCUGCGCCCCCGCCGGCCGAGCCUACAGAGCCAGAGGAGUCCGCUCCUCCGACGGCCUUCGCUCGGCCGCGACGUCUGUCGAUGUAUUGA